GUACGCUCUACAUUCUGAUCCGAGGAUCAGCUGGAGGCAGCAAUAAACAGAAGGAAAAUCUGCAGCGGAAAAAAAACAACACACACACAGAGGAGAGGCGGAAAAAGCUGCAGAUGUUAUGAUCUGACAACAUCAGUGUAACAUUUUUACACGAAGCCCUUCUUCUGAGAAGAAAGCCUUUUAUUUUUCUACAAUGGUGUUUUAACUACCUCACUUAAAGACUAUCUAAAGCUAUGCUUUAAGAAUUGCUGUCGUUUCUACUGUGUGUGAGAUCUCGUUUACAACUUGAAUAACAUUGCAAAGGCAGGCCUUUGCUCCAAACCAAGUGAAACCUUACAUUUGCACUACAGAAGCCUGUCCACUCCUGUUUGUCCAAAACGAGAUCCAGCAAAGGGCUUCAAGUGAAAAAAAAAAAGAGAGUCAAAAAUAUCUGACAAAGAAUUGCUUAAAACGGCAAAAAAGCGAUAAACACAAAUAAGAAAUUCAAUAAGGCAGCUACAGCUUUUUCUUGGUGGACGACAAAAAGCACCUGAGUCAUCAACACUUGACAACACAAGCAAGUCAUGUUUCAACGUCUGAGCAACCUGUUGUUUGGGGAGGUAGAGGAGGUGGCAGCUGAGCUGAAGGGACCCAACCCCUGCGUGACAGAGGCCGACGAGGAGGGAUGGAUGCUCGUCAACCUGCCUGAAGAAUCUGACUGCAUGAUGCAGGCCGAGGAUGAGACGGGAGCCCAGCUGAUUGCACAAUCAUUCCCAGAUAGUACCCAAUCAAAUCAUCAAGUCACACAUACAAGGACUGAAUGCCCGGCCCCCAUUCCCCACCCACCUCACAAGCGCCGUAGGACACAUAAAGGUCGGGCUCGAGGUGCUGUAGCACCAUCAGUUCCCCUGUCUUGUCCAAGCGCUAGCCCGUCAGACUUGGGUGCCAUUACACCCGUGACCCUUCCGAGACGGGCCAGACUCUCCACGCCCUCCUCCACAUCGUCGUUGUCCCCCGGCUCUGGAAGUGAGUGUGGGAGCAGUGGGGGUAGCAGUAGGGCAGGCCCAGAGAGAGGCUGCAUGGAUGAGAGCUGGUUUGUCACCCCUCCCCCCUGUUUCACUGCAGAGGGAGCCACGGCGGAGGCCAGCCCGAUGGAGGACCUGCUCAUCGAGCACCCCAGCAUGUCUGUGUACGUCUCCCCGAGCAACUUCUCUAUGGUCUCCAACGGCAACCUGUCUGUAGUGGGAGAGGAGAGCAUUGUCAGCCUGGCGAGCAGCGUGAGCAGAGUGGCAGAACCAGCUGCUGCCCCCGCCACCCGCAGCACUAUGCCCACCAGGGUGAGCCGUGGAGCAGCUGCCCAGGCUGGAGCUCUGGCCAAGGUCACCCAGGUGGCCAGGGUCCAGCGUAGCAAAGCACGCAUCGAGCGACGCCAUCUGGGCCGCAACCGCAUCCAACGCCAAAACCGCACUAGGGAGCAGGUCCCUCGCCACGCAGCCCACGCCAGAAACACCUUCCUUCACCAGCCCAGCAAGCGCAACUUCUGCCACUAACUCCCCGGCAACCUGGGAGCAUCGUUUACUCUGAGGGCAUUAGUAGUGCAUAGUCACCUCCAAGACACACGAGAUUAAAUGUAUUCCCCCCCACUGCAUAUGUGCUUUCAUUUCUGCACAUUAUAUCAUAUUACACUCAGAUACCAGUAGACCAGUAGCUCUUUUGUUGUGGUUUAGUCGCAAACUGACUCCACCUGGUAGUUUUAUGCCCCAUUGAACCAAGCCCUCUGAGUAGAUCUGUGUAGACCUUUAUUAUACUUGUUGUCCAUUGCAGUAUCCAAACAACUAAAAAAAAAAAGUCUUCAAAAAUAUUUAAACAGGUUAUACUUAGCAACAAUAAUGUCUGAAAAACAACAAAAAAUCUAUUUUUUUUCUCCUAUCUUAGUAAAAUAUUCUCUUUGCUUUCACUCUUCCUCAAGGCAUGUUUUGUUUUUGAUUAAUUCAGCCAUUAAAUCCUUAAAAUACUUUAAAUUUGGAGAUAACAACUUGAAAUUUGAAAAAAAACAAGUGUACUUUGAGUCUUCUCUGGUGGAAACCAUGCAAGACAGAGACAAGUUCAGUCUUUGUAUCUUCGCAGAGAAAACAACUCAUCAUGUCUUCGAAGCUUUAAAUUACAGGUGAUUAUUUUUAUUCAGGAAAAGUGGAAGGAUAUACCGUGGGUGACGGGUGUGAGAGGGAAAUCACUUGACAUUUGUUUCUCUCCAGUCUGGUCUUUCGACAAAGUAAAAAGACCAAGGCAAGGAGACAUGGGGCAACCCAUUUCAUCAUGGGAAACAAAUGCCAUGAUGUUUCUCUCUUCUCACUUUGUGGAGGGUGAGAGCAAGUAGAAGAUGGUGAGAGUGUGAGCAAAACAGACUAAAGAGUACAAGGAAUGACGUGAUGAAUUAGAAUUAUUAUUACAAGGGAUGUGGUAAAUAUGAAACAGUCAAAGGAAAGUGUUAUGUAACCCUCUGAGCAGCCUGUGAGCGUUUAGAAAAUGACCCUUGUUUUGAAUAUUUAAUCAGUGUUGCUCUGGAUAUUGGAUGAGGCACCUUCUUUCUGCGAGCAUGAACAUUAGUGUUAUGGGUGCCCAUAAUAAAUAUAUAAAUAGAUUUACUGAUAAGGAAUAAGAGUUAUUUAGAUGCCAAUACUGGUAUCGGAAAUGCCCCUGAUAAUGCCUAAAAUGCUGGAUCGGGUUCCAGUGAGUACAGCAGUCUAUGCACCCAUCUGAUACGAGUUAAUUUAUAUAUAAACUAUAAAGCAGUUUCACAUAAAUACAUAUAAUACAGUAAAACAAAGUUCUAUGGCAUGUGUGUGUACUUAGCAGCGAAAACAUUACAACCAAUGACAGGUGAAGUGAGUAACACUGAUCAUCUUGGUGCCAUGUUGUGAAACCUGGUGUUCAUGUGGAUGCCACUUGACACACCACCCACCCAAACACCAUUGCGGACCAGGUACCCCCCCUCAUGGCAAUGGCACUCCCCAAUAGCGGUGGCCCCCAAGUAGGACAAUGCACCAUGCCACACCCCAAAAAAAAGCUCAGGAAUGACCCGAGGAACGUGACAAGCAGCUCAAGGUGUCAACCUGGUCUCCCAAUUUCCCCAGAUCCCAAUCAGAUUAAGUAUUUAUGAGAUGUGCCUCUACCCCAGAGGUACCCCCCAUCCAAAAGGGGGGACCUUCUUGGAUCAGUCUCUGACCUGUCAGGGCAUGGACACGGGACCUCUGGGAGUGUCCUGUGGUGUCUGGCACCAGGGUGUUGGCAGCGGAUCUUUUGAGUCUUGUGGGUUGCAUAGAUGCUCAGUCAGACUGGGAUCCAGGGAAAUUGGAGGCCAGGUUGACACCUUGAGCUGUUUGGCACAUUCUUUGGGCCACUCUUGACGCGUGGCAUGGUGGCGAUAUGUAAUGUCAGGUAGGCAUUGGUAUCACUAAGAAAAAAUGGUAUCAGAACAUGAGGUGAGACAACACAGGGCUUGCCUCUGGGUUACAGGGUAUGGCAGGUGAUAGUAAGUGCAGAGCGGUAUCGAUGGCAACUCUUUAUUUUGUUUUGUGACAUUGUUUUCUGCUUAUUUUGUCUCAUGAAUCGUAACAUUUAUUUUACAGUCUCUCUCUUCAUGGUUCCACCAAAGAAAGACAUCCAAGCUUGUUCCUGUUAGACAAAGGAGAAAGUACACUGUUAAUCGCUCCCUGUCGAUCACACACAGCAUGAUGAUCAUUAAAUGUGUGGUUCGCAUACUUAAGUAAUGUGCCCGGCACACAUCGGCCAUUUCCAUCUACAGUGUGUGCUGUGUUCUUUUGUUACUCAUGUGAACACCAAAAAGAAAAGUACAACCUAUUUAUUUCAGUCCUUUUCAAUGAGAAGUCACUGACUGCCCAGGAGGCACCUGUUAGGAGGAAGGGGAAGAAACGUCUCUUUAAAGCCUAACAACAUUGAUCUAUCUUCCCUCUUCAGCGCAUUCAAAACUAACAUCUUGCAUAUGGUCGUGCAACCCAUCGCUCUCUAAGAUCUACUCCAUGACUGUCCUGUCCUUGUUAGCACAUCCAGCUCUAGCAAUUUCCACUUAAAGAUCUAGCUUACUGAUAUGUAUUCAACAACAAUAGUAAACAAUGGUGCUGAAGUGUAUACUAAUGUUUGUAAAUUAUUUGAGACAUGGAUGUAAGUUUGCACUGUCAUACAUUUUGUGAGUCAAAGUUUUAGCAGUGUGCUGUGUGCUUGUUGGUUUUUUUUCUUUUGUGAUUUUUUUUUUCUUUUUGUUCUGAUUCAAAUUGUGUGUGAGAAGGUGUACUGACACGUUAAAUGCUAGAAACUCUUAAAAAAAAAAACAUGAAUAAUUGUCAUUUAUUUCUCUUGUAAAUAUUACAAAACAAUUUAUAACGCUCUGUUAGAUGUCAAAGCCUCUCAGGACUUGAGUCCACAACGUUAUGUCCGAUGGGACUAAUGAGAAUCCUCUCUCUGCCUCACCUCUGUGCUCAUUAUCAAACCAAGAGGGCAUUUCAGUGGCCAAAAGUGGUGUCUUUGCCCCAACUUCUGUCUCAUCUCUUUGAGAUGCACCAUAGAAAAACAGCACGAGACUCAGAGUUGAUGUGCCAUAGGCAGACACUGCCCUCCAGAGGGUCCACUUAGCAUAGCAUUAGCUGUAUGGAUGCUGGUGAGGAUACAGUACGAUGACAUGUCAGAUUGUUUGAAAAAAUGGAAAUGUCUUGCCUGGUUUAGAUCGCAAGUAAAAAAACAUGAUUUCCCAUGAACCACAAACCACAACUUUUUCAUUUCUGCCAAUAAUCCUAUAAAUGAUUGUUUUAUUUAGACUCUGUUAAUAUCUGCUAAUUUAUGAUAAUUUAAUUCUGUUUAAAGAUAACUAUUAUGUUUCCUGUUGAUUCCUCUGAAUUGUGGAGUCCAACACACACACACACACACACACACACACACACACACACACACACACACACAGUGAUCUCUAUUUAAGGCUUCCUCACUCCCUAGAGGCUUACUCUUCUAACUGACUGUGUGUGCCCAAGGUUGAGGUGUGUUUGCCUGUUAUAAAAUAGGAGAGAAAAUAGGGUAAUAAUGACAGAUCAUGGGUGAAUGUGUGUAUGUGUGUUUGUGCAUACUAAAUGUAAAGACCACCACAGACACCCCCUCUGUCACCACAAACCUGUCCUGUUUGCCUCAGUUUUACUUCUUUCUUUCUCACCUGUGUCACGUACAAAGGAAAUGUGUUCUCAGUAUGUCGUGUGUGAUUAUUGAAAUGUGUGAUUUUAGAGUGAAAGUCAUCCAAUAAUGGGGAGAGGAAGUGGUCACCAGGUGUGUUAAGCCUAUAUGAUGUGGACAGGGAAAGGAUGAGGCAGGAGAUAGUUUAUAUAUUAUAAAAAAAAUUAUAAUAAUUAAAUGUAUCAUAAAACUACAAUAGAAUCUGCUUGUAUUUUCCCAUGUAGUUAUUAUAACAGCUGUUCACCAAUAGGACAUUUUAAAUAAGAGGCGUUGAAUGUCUGGGGAGUUUCAUAUGUUUUAUGUUGUGCCCUGAAAUGAUGGCAGCUUAAAAACACUUGGGGCUCUCGCCCAUGUUACAUCUCAACUAGUACAUCCAUCCCCUCAUAAAAAUGAAAUAUAUAGACAUAUAAAAUUUGGUGUAUCUGAUAUCUACAGUAUGGUGAUUGUGCCUUUCACUAUUUCUGCAUGGUUUUUGUGAUAUACUGAUUUUUUCCAUCCCCAAAGUGGACGGUCGUCCACUGACAGGCAAGACCUAUGCAAAACUCCAAAAUCAACGGAUGGGUUUUCCAGCAUCCAUUCAGAAAACACAGGUACCCGCCAAAAAAAAAAAAAAAAAAACUA